CUUCAGACAGGCUAAAGUAAUCUCAAAGCAUUUUAGGUAACAGCUAGAACCGCUAAAUCUCGCGAGAUAAAACGAUAAGAAGUGUUAUUCAGUCCUGAAUACACCGAAACCAAAAGUAAACAAGCGUCGAAAACGCGGAGGAUUAAUGUGUGAAUAGAAACAGUCAGAAGCUUCCACGGCUGAUUUAAACCGUCCCGGUUCCGGUUCUUCUACAAGUCACAACUUUAUUCCGCAGCAGCACGCGCUCCGUGACGCAGCUGACCUAGUUCCCUCAAACCAAGGCACAGCAAACCAGGCUUCUUAAUGCUGAAAACUUAAGAGCGUUAGCUGCAGUUUAAGGAGCGUCGCUGCGCUGGAAACACCUGCACAGGUAACCUCAGCUCCCUGCAACGACCAUGGCUGUGGAAGUGGGCUCCGGUUCGGUGUCCCGGGGGUUCCGGUCCUUGUUUUUCAUGCUCACGCCGAACGAGUCAUCUUUUCAGAAAGUCGAAGAAGUUCCUCAAUAUGUGCAGCAGGCCACUCCGUUCUUUAUUGGACUGAUGGUGCUUGAGCUGGCGGUGGGCGUGCUGAGGACGGGAGGCUCGGUGGCCACCAUCAGCGAUGGUCUUACCUCCAUCUCUGCAGGAAUGAUCUCCAGGCUCCCCCUGCUUCUGAUGAGAGGGUGUGAGCUGUCGGCUUACAUGUAUGUGUGGGACCACUUCCGCCUGGUUGAGCUGCCCUGGGACUCAGCCUGGACUUGGUGGUUUGCCUUCUUAGGAGUGGACUUCUGCUACUACUGGGUUCACCGCUUCGCUCACGAGGUGGCCAUCCUUUGGGCUGCUCACCAAGUUCACCACAGUUCCGAGUACUACAACCUGAGCACCGCCCUCAGACAGUCCGUCACCCAGCCCUUCGCCUCAUGGGUAUUCUACCUGCCGAUGGCCUUGGCUGUUCCUCCAUCUGUUUUUGCUGUUCAUAUUCAAUUAAAUCUGCUCUACCAGUUCUGGAUCCACACUGAGUUGAUCAGAGACCUUGGACCCCUGGAGUGGAUCUUCAACACUCCCAAACAUCACAGAGUUCAUCACGGGAGGAACAUUUACUGCCUUGACAAGAAUUACGGGGGAAUUCUCAUUAUUUGGGACAGAAUAUUUGGUACCUUUGCUGCAGAGAGGGAUAAAGUGAUUUAUGGUCUAGUUUUCCCCAUCAGGACAUUUGAAAUCGUCUUUGUUCAGCUGCACUACUAUGUGUAUUUGUGGAAAAGAGCCGUCACCUACAAAACUAUCGGGGACAAAUUGUCAACUUUCAUCAACGGGCCGAGCUGGAAACCUGGCAAAGCUCGGCUUGGCGACCACGUCGACAACCCCAAGGUUACUGGGAAGGAAGUUCCUUAUGAACCCACCUGGUCUCCGUCUUUACAAGUUUACGGAGCGCUGCAUUUCCUGAUGCUUCUGGGAACUUACCAUGAGCUGUUCAAGACCAAACUGAUGCUGUCCCAGUUAUCUAUUCUGGGGAUGUCUGGCUACAUUCUGCUCACUCUCACGUCUCUGGGCUUCAUUAUUGACCAAAGGCCAACUGCAGCUUUUCUGGAGAUGUUUCGCUGUGUUGUCAUGGUGACGAUGCAUCGCUACAACUGCGUGAGCACCCCGUUUCCUGCCCUCUCUGCUCUCACAGAGGCCUUUGUCUCCCUCUCUCUGCUGUUCUGGGCUCUGCAGAGCGUCUCACAGCUGCUCCGCAUCAAGAAGAAACAGACCUGAGACGUCACGACUCGACACGUUCAGCUGGCCGGAGGAUGGGAAAACCUGGGAACGUUUCACUUCAAAUAAUUCCCAAAAUAUUCAAUCGCUUUAAGCAUAAAGCAUUACCUUUAAGUGCCUUUCUUUUAUUCUGAUUGUUAGCAAAAGCUUCAUGUAUUCAUUUAAUGCUGAGCAGCUUUAGGGGAGUUAGAGCCAUUAACACAAACAGAGCAAGCACAUUUUAUUUGAUACAUUUAUUUUGAUCAUUUUAACUCUUUAGAUGUGUUUUUAUUUCAUGUAUUUGUUUGAAAUGGUUUUCUAAUCAGUGGUGCUGCAGUUCACCAGCAGAGUGUGCACAACCUCUUACCUCCAGCCCGACUGGUGCUGAUCAUAAUGAGGCCUUUAGAUUUCACCUCUUCACUGAGUCAUCGCACAACAACGCUGUACAGUUUGUUUUCCAUUUAUCAUUGCAAUAAAAUAUGUCAAACAUUC